UUAAACAAAUUCGUGCUGUCCAACACAAUCGGAUUUAUCUAUAGAUAACUUGAUAACGUCGCGUGAACAUCGAUAAUUUCAGUACGUAACGAAACCAAGAACAUAUAAUAACAUAUCUAAAAGACAUAAAUAUUUGCUUUUCAUACGGUUGUUGUGUAUUUUAUAUAACAUAAUGAACAGUGCUAAGGAUAUGAAUGGAAUUGAUAAUCCUGCUGUAACUAAUGAUGAUGGAAUAAAUUUGAGGCCAGAUUUGGUGAUCAAUGUUCAGCCCCAAUCAGAAGGUAGAGCUGAAUUACCUGUAACUACUGAAAACUGGCAGACGAAUACUCGGGGCCAGUUCAUCCCCAGGCAUGGCUUGGACUUCCUUAUUGGUGUCUCUAGGCUCCAGAUAAAACAAACCAUCGAGCUAUAUGAUAUGACAUCCAGAAUAGAAUCAGAGAAUCGGUACAUAUUAAAAGUGCCAGGCGGAGAAUCUUUAUAUAUAGCGAGUGAAGUAUCCAAUCGUACCGUGAGAUGUCUCUGCGGAUCGGGCCGUUCAUUUGUAAUGCACCUACACGAUAACACCAGGCAGGAGGCACUGGUGCUACAGAGGAGGCUCGCAGCUGCAUCUUGUUGCUUCCCUUGUAGACUUCAGGAAAUGAGAGUGGUAGCUCCUCCUGGUGACUACGUGGGUCGUGUUCAGCAGCAAUGGACCUGGAUGGUGCCGUUCUUCCUGGUGCGCGGUGCCACGGACGAAAUUCUAUACACGAUCGAGGGACCAUCAUCCGUGAGACGAAGUGCUCUACUUAUUUCAGAAUUCAAGAUUCUAACAAAAGACGCAUUACGAGAAUUGGGCACAAUAUCUCACGGCUGGGAUCGAGAGCUAAACAGCUUUACAACCACUGUAUGCUACCCUGAUAUCGCUGUCCAACCAAAGCAUAAAGCGCUACUGCUGGCUGCUGCUUUUUUACUGGAAUACACAUACUUCGAGAGAGCAAAGACUAGUUGUAUGAGAUGCAAUUGUUUGUAAUAUUCAUGACAAUUUGAACUUUACUAAAAGCAUAUAAGGAACCAUCUCACGUACUCACUGAUAAAAUAAUUGUAUUAAAACAUAUAGAUAUAUGUAUAGUAGGGUGUCCCUUAUAUGACCAGAUUUUUUAAAAUAUAUUUGUAAUGCAUACCCCUAAUUAUUUUAUGUAUGCUAAAACAUACUGAAAUACAAAAUUUGAAGUUUAUAGUAUAUUGCC